AUGGAGGACUACCACAAACCGGACCAGCAGACGGUGCAGGCGCUCAGGAACAUCGCCACCCGGCUCCGGAUCAACUCCAUCAAGGCGACAACUGCAGCGGGCAGCGGCCAUCCGACAUCAUGCUGCAGUGCGGCAGACAUCAUGUCAGUGCUUUUCUUCCAUACCAUGAAGUACCGACCUGAAGAUCCUCGAAACCCCAACAACGAUCGCUUCAUCCUCUCCAAGGGUCAUGCGGCCCCAGUGCUGUAUGCCGUGUGGGCGGAGACGGGCUACCUGAAGGAGAACGAGCUCCUCAACCUCCGCAAGGUCGACUCCAUCCUGGAGGGCCACCCUGUGCCGAAGCAGCAGUUUGUGGAUGUGGCCACUGGGUCUCUGGGUCACGGGCUGGGAGCUGCCUGUGGGAUGGCCUACACUGGAAAGUACUUUGAUAAGGCCAGCUACCGUGUGUAUUGCCUGCUGGGUGAUGGGGAGAUGUCUGAGGGCUCGGUGUGGGAGGCCAUGGCCUUCGCCUCCUACUACCAGCUGGACAACCUGGUGGCCAUCAUGGACAUCAACAGGCUGGGCCAGAGCGACCCGGCGCCCCUCCAGCACCACGUGGAGAAGUACCAGCGGCGCUGUGAGGCCUUCGGCUGGCAUGCCAUCAUUGUGGACGGCCACAGUGUGGAGGAGCUGUGUAAGGUGCUGAGCCAGCCCCGCCACCAGCCACUCGCCAUCAUCGCCAAGACCAUCAAGGGCAAGGGCAUCCCAGCGGCUGAGGAUAAGAUGGGCUGGCACGGCAAGCCCCUGCCUAAAGACAUGGCCGAGAGUGUCAUCAAGGAGCUGCAGAGCCGCAUCGUCAGCAGCAGCAAGCGCCUCUACCCCGCACCGCCCAACGAGGACGCACCGCCCGUCAGCAUCCGCAACAUCCGCAUGCCAAGCGCGCCCAGCUACAAACCUGGAGACAAGAUUGCUACGAGGAAGGCGUACGGCAUGGCUCUGGCCAAGCUGGGCCGGUACAACGAUCACGUGGUGGCUCUGGACGGAGACACCAAGAACUCGACCUUCUCCGAGCUCUUCAAGAACGAACAUCCCAACCGCUACGUGGAGUGCUACAUCGCAGAGCAGAACAUGGUGAGCGUGGCGAUAGGUUGUGCCACGCGGGACCGCAACGUGGUGUUCGCCAGCACCUUUGCGACGUUCUUCACCCGGGCCUACGACCAGCUCCGCAUGGCCGCCAUCUCCGAGAGCAACAUCAACCUGUGCGGCUCUCACUGCGGCGUCUCUAUUGGUGAGGACGGGCCCUCUCAGAUGGGUCUGGAAGAUUUGGCGAUGUUCAGAGCCAUCCCCACGGCAACCGUCUUCUACCCGUGCGACGGCGUCUCCACUGAGAAGGCUGUGGAGCUGGCCGCUAACACAAAGGGUUUGUGUUUCAUCCGAACGAGCCGCCCGGAGAACAACAUCCUCUACAACAGCAACGAAGACUUCCAUGUUGGACAGGCCAAGGUUGUGUACAAAACCAAUGAUGACCAUGUGACUGUGAUUGGAGCAGGAGUGACCCUGCACGAGGCUGUGGCUGCUGCCGAACAGCUAAAGAAAGAGAGAAUCAACAUCCGUGUGAUUGACCCGUUCACCAUCAAGCCCCUGGACUCCAAAACCAUCAUUGAGAACGCCCGGGCGACCAGAGGACGCAUCAUCACGGUGGAGGACCACUACUAUGAGGGCGGGCUGGGCGAGGCCGUGUGCUCGGCCGUGGUGAACGAAACCGGCUUCAGCGUCCACCGGCUGGCCGUGUCCCAGGUGCCCCGCAGCGGCAAACCCCAGGAGCUGCUGCGAAUCUUCGGCAUCGACCGCGACGCCAUCGCCCAGGCCGUCCGCAAAGUCCUCAGCACCUCCGCCAACGCCAAGUAAGACCAGGGCAGCAGCAGCGGAGGUGGCGGCAACAUCAUCAACAACAACAUGGUAGCAGACUCUGUGGUAACCGGUGAUCACCAUGGAGACAGCAAACAAACAAACAAACAAACAAACAAACACAGAGGGAGGAGGGGAAGCACUUCAGGCCCACUCACGCUCCCCGAGUCAUAAAACAAUUCAAAUUGUUCAUUUAAUUGGGAAAAAAAAGAAAAAUAACAUGGUUUUUCUGUUUAACUGUCAUUGAUGUGGUUUUGAUGCCCCCCACCCAAGCCUUUCUCCCCUUCGCUUGCCCCCAUUUGUGAGCUCAGUAACCCCCCCAACCCCACCACACACAUACACACACACAUACACACAUACACAUCCUCACACACAUAUAUCCCCGUACACCUUUAAUCUGAGUCCACCCCGUGCCCGUCUUACCUCCCAGAGAAAGUCCUGGUACUGCUGUAGUGUGUCAGUAAAAGCAGUGAACGUGGUUUGGAGUAAAGUGAAGUUACUAUUUUUUUUUUCUUUUUCUGUGGAACCCUUUUCACUUUUUUUUUGGUUGCGGCGGCUCAAACGUCCGCGCCCGUUACUUUGUAACCCUCCCCCUGACCCCCGACCCUCACUAGAGCCAGCAGGGUGUGGAGAAACUCUGGUUUUUUGGUCUAUUUGAGCACUGACUGUUUUUAACCCUUUUGACCUUGACUUGGAUGGGACUGCUUCACACCAAAUAAAGGGAUGGUUUCUUCACAAAA